UGGAGAGCAGAGCACCAAGCCCUCUGGAAACAUCCUUCAACCACUGCUUUUGAUCAUCGUUUUGUUUACUCCAUCUCUUUUCCUACUGCUGGACUCAUCUUGCAGGUUCAUCUUGCCAAUCUGAAUCGAGCCAAGCUAGACCAACUUGUCUCCGGUCACUAUGGAUAUUGCCAUCCAGCACCCCUGGUUCAGACGUGCCCUGAGCUCAGCCUACCCUGCUCGAGUCUUUGACCAGUUUUUUGGCGAGGGCAUGUUUGACUAUGACCUCUUUCCAUACACUGCCUCCACCAUUAGUCCCUUUUACAGACAGUCGCUGUUCCGCAGCUUUUUGGAUUAUUCCAACUCUGGCAUCUCUGAGGUGAGGUCUGACCGAGAUAAGUUCACAGUCUACCUGGACACCAAGCACUUCUCUCCUGAUGAGCUCAGUGUGAAGGUCACUGACAACUACGUGGAGAUCCAGGGCAAGCAUGGGGAAAGACAGGACGACCAUGGAUACAUCUCCCGUGAGUUUCAUCGCCGCUACCGCCUCCCCUCCAGCGUUGACAAGUCAGCAAUCACCUGCUCUCUCUCAGCUGAUGGUCUGCUGACUCUGACCGGGCCAAAGCUCACCGGGGGAACUGAAUCCAGCCACAGCGAGCGCAACAUCCCUGUGACCCGCGAUGACAAGCCCAACGCCGCUGCCUCCUCCUAGAGGGGGAGAGGUGGAGGUUGACCAAUAUCUCUCUAAGAGGAUAUAUAUAUGUGUCCUCAAUGCUUCACUUUCUCCUCUGUAGAUUCUUAUUAUAUUCCUUCAGUAUUAUUAGUAUCAUUGUUUUGAGAUUAAAAAAACCUCCCAUUGAAGGUGGUUAAGCUGGACUUUUUAAGGAAAAAAACACAACUGAGGACAAAACAUUCACCAAACCCGACACUUUGCUUAAUGUUGUUGAUUCGUUUCCGAGGGAACCCUCUGACAGUAAAGAUGGUCGGAGUUUAGGCUUAGAGGUAAAACGUCACACGCCUGUUCCAUCAGUGAAGUUCUCUGAGGUCCUGGCUGCUGUAGUUCUUGUGCUGACUCUUUGAUCUCCUCCUCUUUUGUCUUAAUUAUAUCCUGCACUGUAGUCUAGGCCUUUUUCAGUUCAUUACUGAUAAGUCCAUACUAAAUAAACACAUAAUAAAAGCUGUUAAAUUAACCAAAGACAACUUCUGUGUUUUUUUUUUCAAUCUACUGGAAGGAGUGGUGGCUGGCACAUGGAUACACACAAAUAAAGCUUCUGUACCUGGAUGGAGCCCAAUUUCUGGGACUACGUACAUGCAUAAACAUGUAACAAAUCUGGUUGGGUGAUGAGAGCUAAGAAGUUGGCAAUCAUAAGUCACACCUGAAAACAAUUGUGCUUACUAUACUAGGCUGCUUCUUUCUUGUAAAUAAAGGUCUUUAUGCAAAGUG